AUGCCUCCCAAGAGAGCCAAGAAGGGCGCUAUUAGCCAGACCGAGAAAGCCAUCGCCGACACCCAGGCUGCUGUCGAAGAAGCUACUCAGCAUGCUGUCCGCGAGCAGGACCCUCAGUCUGACGCCGUUGAUGCCGAGACUCAGGUUGACGCAGACCCCCAGUCUGAUGCUGGAGUCACAUCUAGCGAGCACAUUGAUAGCUCAAACGCCAAUGUUGCUGAUGGUGCGAUGGCAUCGACUGCUGAUGACGCUGAUGAUGCCGAUGAUGACGCUGGCGCUGCUACACCUGCUACUGAGGUCACCACUGAUGAUGAGGCCGACGCUGAACCUGAUGCCCAGCCCAAGGUUGCGCAGAAGAAGGGUGCCAUCGCCGGCAAGAAGAUGCCUGCCACCACUACAAAGAACGAAGAUGGUAGUGAGAAGAAGAUCCGCAAGAAGAAGCGCAAGAACGACCCUACCAACUUCCAUGCGUACAUCCACAAAGUCCAGAAGGAGAUGUAUCCUACUCUUUCAAUGUCCAAGACUGCAAUGUGCAUCAUGAACGACUUUACCAAUGACAUCUGUACCCGUAUUGCAGAGACAGCUUCCAGUCUGUGCAAGAAGCAGAAGAAGGCUACGCUUCAGGCUCACGACAUCCAGUGCGCUACUAAGCUCGUCAUCGGAGGCCAGCUGGCAAAGCAUGCUAUCACCGAAGGAACCAAGGCCAUCCGUCAAUACAACCGCAACACUGGACACAACUACCGCUAA